UGGUUUGCGGAAUGCCAUCUGCACCCACAUUCAUUAAUUUGUAAAAGCCUAACGAAUGAUCAAAUAAGCCUCACGUAAUUCAACACUCUCUUAGUCCUCCAUACAAAAAAAGGUUUAUUUCGCGGACAUAUUUUGGAAGGAGUAAAUCCUCUCGCUUUGCCUCUUCCUCUCUGUCCAUGCUCCGCAUUCAGACGUAAAGUGAAAAGGAAAAUGGCGGAAUUUGAGGACUAAGCACUGCCAAAACAAUGCAGGAGAAUCGAGAUGAAGAGGAGCCCCAAGAUACUGAUGACUAAGCCAAUCAAGAUGCAAGACAACGCAAGUUUUGAGGAAAAGCUCAUUGAAGAGGCAGAGGAGAUGGACACCUCAGAAGACCUGCAAGAUGACAACCUGAUCGAGCGGGAACACUUCCACAGUUCUAAUAAUGAGCAGCAAGAUGGAUAUUUGGCAGUUAGGAGGAAUGUAAUAUUAGAACGAACAAAAUUCAACCAAAGACAACAGGAAGCAGGAGAGACAGCUGAUGAUUUUAUCUCUGCACUUCAUUGUUUGUCAGAACAUUGUGGUUAUGGAGCUCUGCUCAGUGAGAUGAUAAGAGAGAGACUAGUCAUGGGAUUACUUGACAGAAGACUGUCCCAGCAAUUACAAAUGGACCCAGAACUAACACUUGAUGAAGCUGUCACACGCAUUCGUCAAAAUGAACUUGUGAAAAAGCCACAGGACCUGCCAGAGUAUACCUACAAAGUUGCCAGCAGUGCAGCAAAUGUAGAGAGUGUGCUUUCACAUAGCAAACAGCAAUUCCCAGCCAAUACCCAGUGCCAAUCAGAGAAGAAUCAAAACUCAGAAAGACCACAAGAAACCCAAACAACACAGGAGAAAGAAGAGGAGCCCGUAGAUACUGAUGACUCUGAUGAUUGGAUCGAGGGUUUCAGUCCUGGAGGAGAGAAGCCACACUACUGCUUUGACUGCGGUAAGAGCUAUAGAAAAGUGAGGGAUCUUAUAAGACACCAGAGAUCACAUACUGGAGAGAAGCCUCACCACUGCCCUGUUUGCGACAGAAGUUUUGCUCAAUUAGAUAAGCUUAAAUUACACCAAAAAAUGCAUAUGAAAGAGAAACAUGUCACACAGAUGGAAGAAACUAAACUGAAGGUAGACUGUGUGCACACACAGCAAAGAACUGCCAGCAGAGGCAGGCAGAAGACUAAAAUGCGUGCAGAAACACCAAGAAAAAUAGUCCAGUCACAGCCAGGAAAAGAAUUGUCUUGCAAAAGUUCAAUUAGAAAGAAUCAACACUCAGAAAAACUGCGACAAACCCAAACAAUGCAGGAGAAUGAAGAGGAUCCUGAAGAUACUUCUGAUGACUGGACCAAGAGUUUCAGUACUGUAGAGAAGCCAUACAUCUGCUCCGACUGUGGUAAGAGCUUCAAACAAGCGAAUCGUCUUAUAAGACAUCAGCGAACACAUACAGGAGAGAAGCCUUACAACUGCCCUGACUGUGACAAAAGUUUUGCUCGAUUAGAUAAUCUUAAAUUACACCAAAAAACACAUAUGAAGGAGGAAUGUAAUUUCCGCUGCUCUGACUGUGUGAAAAGCUUUGUCCGACUGAAGCAGCUUGAAAAACAUCAGCUAACACACAAUAAAAGUUUUGAAAGGCACAGGAUACAUUUAAGCAAAAGAAAACAAUUUCUCUGCACAAUUUGCGGGAAGGAGUGUCGCAACAUGAAAAUACACAUGCGAAUACACACUGGAGAGACACCGUAUCUCUGCACUGAGUGUGGGAAGAGUUUUCCAUAUACAAAAUCAUACCAAAGACACAUACUAACACACAAUACCUCUGGAGAAAGAGCAACCUAUCCUUGUUUGGAAUGUGGAAAGUGUUUUACUCGCAGAGAUGGCAUGUUGAGACACGUGAGGAGGAUUCAUACUGGAGAGAGAAAUCAUCAGUGCAAAGACUGUGGAAAGCGAUUCUUUCGAAAAGAGACACUGAAGAGACACAUGCUAGUUCACACUGGAGAGAAACCAUACCAAUGCUCUGUCUGUGGGCAACGCUUCUCCCAAGAUGGAGACAGAAAACGCCAUGAGAAGAGGCACUACUCUGGUGUCUCAAAUUUCCUCGAUUUAUAAUGCAGAAGUGGUGGAGGCCUAGUGGUUAAGAGCAUUGGGCCAGUAAACGAAAGGUUGCUGGUUCAAAUCCCCAAACUUACUAGGUGAAGAAUCUGUCGGGCCCUUGAGUAAGGCACUUAAUCCUAAUGGUUCCUGUAAGUCGCCUUGAAUAAGAUGUCAUGUAAAUUGUGUUUGGCAUUGCAGGAAGUGGGAACCUACCUAAUCACUGUGACUUGAUAAUCUAAUAAUCUGUUAACUACAAUGUUGGUGGCCUGGAAUUGGCACCACAGACUGUUGAAGACACUCACAGACGGACUGUGUAUUACUGUCUUCAUAGCAGUAUUUAUUUUUUUCAAAAGUUGUUUAUUUUAAAUCAAGGGUUGUAACCAGUUCAGGGAACCGGACUUAAAACAUGGAAAAUAACUACAUUAAUUGAGUAACACUAACCGAAAACGAAAGUGAUCUAUACUGUUCCGGAACAGAACCAUUAUUUUAAAAGCAUGGGAACCAGUUAAUAACAUUAUUUUAAGUUUUCCAGUCGUUUCCAAAUCGUAAACAAAGCCCAUAUGCAAAGCCCUCUGUCACUCAAACUUAUUCCAGCGUCUGCCUGCCAGUUGGAAGUCUUUGCCAGUGAGUGUGUGUGUGUGUGUUUUGGAGACCUGCCCCUCCCCUCUGAAGCAUAGGUUACUGUAGACUACUGAUGACGUAACAAGUGUAAUUUAAAAAAAAUAGGCAGAGCUGUUUAAUAAAAUAAUGGAUUGAUUUAUUCAAUUGGUCAGAACAGUGGAGAAAAAAAAGUAAUGUUCAGAACGAAAUGAUUGGAAAAUAAUUUCAGUUCCGACCCAUGUUUAUAUAUAUAUAUAUAUGUAUGUGUGUGUGUGUGUGUGUGUGUGUGUGUUCAAAUACCAAUUAAAACAACCUGUUCAAGGACAUAACGUUAAGUCUGAUAUAAUAUAAGCAAUUUUGGUGCCACGAUUACCAUUUUCCCAUUUACUAUAAUGACGGAUCCUGUUUUCUGGAAACAGCCUGCAGUAAUGCCGUCGGCCUUGAACUUCGUGAGCACGGUGCAAUUGCAAAAAAUUAUUUAGUCAGCCACCAAUUGUGCAAGUUCUCCCACUUAAAAAGAUGAGAGGCCUGUAAUUGUCAUCAUAGGUACACUUCAACUA